UAGUAAAAGCAAAAGGGAAAGGAUUACCACCAUGAUUAGUAAGACAUGAGUGAAUUUGCACCUUAUUUUUGACGUGUACGUGCGUGUGGAAGAUGGAUAAAUUUAAAACGGUUCUGAAUAUUUUCCAAAAACAGCAAGCGACCUUCAGUUUUGGGGCAGUUGCUUUACUGACAGCAGGUGGGGAGCAGAUAUUUUCGACUGUUGUUUUCAGAUGCCCGUGCAGUUCAAUGAACUUCACCUACGGCAAUGUAUUUCUUACAGUUCCCGCUCUCGUUUUGCUCUUAUUGGGAUACAUCCUAAGUAACAAGACUUGGAAAUUGUUUACUGGAGCCUGUACCAAUAAUUCCAAAGUAUGUCGAAAAGAAAAACUGUGCUCCUUUAUUAAAGUGAUCACACAAAUAACUUUAAAUGCAGUGGUAGCGCCUGCCAGCUGGAUUGCGGUUGCUCUUCUAAACGGCAGCUACUAUGAGUGUGCAAUGACAGGCUUCAAUAGUACAUCAUACAAAAAGCAAGUCUGUGUCGGAAAAUCGGAGGUUUGUCUUAAGGAUCUCCACAAGCUUCCUUGCGGAAAAUCUUCAAUGUCGCCGUCUGACAGUGAAGAUGUAUUAUUGAUCAUACGAGCUCAGUCACAGAUGCUGGGUUGGCUGGUGAUAACCUCCAUCGCUGCCUUGGCGCUUUUGCUGUCGUGUGUGGCCCGGUGCAGAUCUCCUGUCAGCUACCUGCAGUUAAUGUUCUGGAGGGCAUAUACAAAAAGCGAGAAUGACCUGUUUGAGAGCGCUACCAACGAACACGCAAAGAAGCUAGCCGAACGAAAUCUGAGCAGCUUUUUUGAAUUAAAGCAACCCACUCCGAUUGUGACACCUGACAAAAAGGCCUGGGAAAAAGUCUCAGGCCUUUAUAAAUUUAGCAAUACUGAUCACUACUACAGUAUCCUACAUAAAUAUGUAGAAACUUGUAAAGAUGUUAACAGAGUAUCAGUGAAAUCUGAGAGUGGAGGUUUUGGAAAUCCUUCAGUUCUCAGCUUUGUGGACGAUGGAAAAGCCAUGUUUUAAAAAUGCAAUUAAUUAUGAUCCUGUGAAGUUUUGUAUCAGAAGCUGCAGCUUUCAAGAAUCUAAUUUUGUUUUACUGAAGGAUCUUGUAAAAAACAACUUAGAUAAAAACACAAUGUGUGCCUUGUUGUAUGUUGUAUGUUGUAUGUUCAUCUUAUAUUUUUUUACAAUAACAAUCCAUAACCCAGAAAAAAAUAUACUUAAAGCAAUAUAUAGGAAUGAAGGAGUGAACGAAGUGGUCACUUACAUUUUAAUCCAAAUACUACUGUAUAUAGAUGUAAGUUUGUGAUUUUACUGAUGUGAGUGAUCCAUUGAUUGUCUGUAGAACUAUGCAAGCUAGAGAGUCCCAUGUCAGGUUGUGAGGUUAUUUAGAGUGUUUUCUGAAGUUACCCAUGAAUCAGAAGCCUUUCACUGAGACAGACCUACUGUAGAACUUAGGAUUGCCCGAGAGAGUUGUAAUGGUUGCAUUCAUAUCUGAGCCACAGUGAACGAACCUCUUCCCAUGGAGUGAAAGGUACAGUUAGGUACAAUUUUAUUAGCAUAAUUAAAAUAAAAUAAUAAACAAAAUG